GAAAAAGAAUUCAUUCAAUUAUAAUCUCUCUCCCCUCGCCCAAGCUACUCCUGUUCCAUCACCGCCUGUGAUGUGUCGACAAGCUACUCCUGUUCCAUCACCGCCUGUGAUGUGUCGACAAGCUACUCCGGUUCCAUCACCGCCUGUGAUGUGUCGACAAGCUACUCCGGUUCCAUCACCGCCUGUGAUGUGUCGACAAGCUACUCCUGUUCCAUCACCGUCUGUGAUGUUUCGACAAGCUACUCCUGUUCCAUCACCGCCUGUGACGUGUCGACAAGCUACUCCUCUUCCAUCACCGCCUGUGAUGUGUCGACAAGCUACUCCUGUUCCAUCACCGCCUCUACACUCCUCUUCCAUCACCGCCUGUGAUGUGUCAACAAACUACUCCUGUUCCAUCACCGCCUGUGAUGUGUCGACAAGCUACUCCUGUUCCAUCACCGCCUGUGAUGUGUCGACAAGCUACACUCCUCUUCCAUCACCGCCUGUGACGUGUCGACAAGCUACUCCUGUUCCAUCACCGCCUGUGAUGUGUCGACAAGCUACUCCUGAUCCAUCACCGCCUGUGAUGUGUCGACAAGCUACUCCUGAUCCAUCACUGCCUGUUCCAUUACCACAGUCCAACCAAUUAGAGAGCGGCCUGGCUUUCCACGAAAGUGAAUUAAUGCUUUAUUUUACACGUUAA